ACUCUCUUCCCAUUGACCAACUGUAGGAGAGGGAGUAUUUUUGGUAUAGGAAUUAGCUCCUUCCGGCACUUUCACUUUACUCUCAACUCGCAAACGGAGUGCAAGCAAGAAUGGCUAACCGUGGACCUUCUUAUGGCCUUAGUGCCAACGUUGCUAACAAGCUUGCUGGAAAGCGCGACCCUCAAUUAGAAGCUGAAAUUUUGCAGUGGAUUGAAGCAAAUUUGGGACAAAAAUUACCCAAUGGACCAUAUGAAGAAAUUUUGCGUGAUGGAGUUAUUUUGUGCAAUCUGAUGAACAAAUUGAUGCCUGGAUGUAUUCAAAAGAUCAACACUUCUGGUGGACAAUUCAAGAUGAUGGAAAAUAUCAAUCGCUUCCAGGAAGCUGCUAAGAAAUGGGGUGUACCCGAAAUCGACGUUUUCCAAACAGUAGAUUUAUGGGAACGCAGGAAUAUAUGCCAAGUCAACCAGUGCCUAAUGGCUUUAGGACGCGCCUGUUAUUCCCAUCCUGAGUACCAAGGACCUCCUCUUGGACCUAAGCCAUCGGAAGAAAACAAACGUCAGUUCACUGAAGAACAACUGAGAGCCAGCGAAGGCAUUAUUAACUUACAAUACGGAACCAACAAAGGAGCUAACCAGAGCGGACAAAAUUUCGGAAACACAAGGCAUAUGUAAAGGAACUUUGCUUCAAUGCAUCGCCAGUAAUCGGGGACAUUUUUAGAUGAAUCUAUUUCAGAAAGAGGAUCUCAACUAACACAAAUCAAAUCAACAAAUAUUUAUAAAACUAGAAUAAUAUCAUUUUGAUUACAAUGCAUAGUUUUAUUUUAAUAUUGGAUUUCAUUCACUGCUCUUUUCACUUACACACAUUGUAAACUUAUGGAUCAUUCUAAUAUUACUGGUGAUGCACUCAUUGUACAAGCUACGAUGCAGCUGCUUCACUUCAGAAAAAGAAUCCCCUGUCUCUUACAAAUUGAAACAUGCAUUAUGCUGUUCACGAGGACAGGAAUGCGAAUAAAAUUAAUUAUUUAAAAAAUCA